AGCUUUUCCAUUGCUCUCUAGUUACUGCAGUAUGCUGCUAUUGUCUCUCCUAGUUCUCUUCAUCUCCUGCCCAGCACCAUCUGUCGGCCAGGAACUCUGCAGUGACUAUAAUGGCGCCAUUUACAUGCCAAACAGUACCUACAAAUCCAACCUUAUCUCCCUUGCCGCAACGCUCAUUGCUAAUGCCACAGAGCUGCACUCAGCUACUGGCAUGGCCGGCACAGGCCUGGACAAAGUCUAUGGUGCAGUUUCUUGUCGAGGCGAUUCUGAUGGCUCCGAUUGUCGCAAGCACCUAACUGAGGCCCUUGAUGCAGCCAUCAACAGCAAAAACAGCAACUCUUACUCUCCCAAGGCCAUGACCAAGAAGGUGACCUACUAUUACAACCAAGACCAGGCCAGGAUACACUUCUCCAACCAGGAUUUUAUCUCCAGCUUCACAAAUGUGCCGGAGUGCACUGUGAAUACUAACCUGAAUGCUGUGACAGCUUCUGUGGCUAAGCAAUUUGAGGAUCUUGUCACCAAGGUGCUGCGUGCACUUACUGAUGCUGCAGUGAGUCGACCAGAGAGGUAUGCAGUAGGCAAACAGAGGUUUGAGGAGACAGGACAGACGGUGUAUGGGCUAGUGCAGUGCAUGCAGGGCAUGCCAUCGGAGCAAUGCAUGAACUGCCUGGAUGGUAUCAUCUCAGGCAGGCAGAGCAAGAUUAGCACUACCCAGAUGGGAGCGGCCAUUCUUGGGGUGUGGUGCACACUGAGGUAUGAAACGGAUACACAGUUCUUCACUGAUACCAAGAUGCUACUGCUGGAUGUGCUCAAGAAAAGUGAACAUACAGGCAAGAAAGCAUUUUUUCGACGAGAAAACACAGCCUUGGUUAGUAUUGGAGGGUUCAUACUUGUAGUAUCCAUUUCUUGUUUGCUUUUCCAUAGAUGGAUCAAAACACAACAACAUAGAGAACAAGCAUUAUCUAAAUUACGACGGCUGUCAUUGGCGAUAAAAACUGUAAUAUAUCUAUGGAGGACAGAAGGAACCAACUCGGACUUUUUCCUGUAUGAUUUCUCCCAGUUAAAAGAAGCAACAAAUAACUUCUCAAAUGAUAACAAACUGGGACAAGGUGGCUUUGGUACUGUAUAUAAGGGGCAAUUGAGCAGUGGACUUAAAAUAGCAGUCAAGAGACUAGAAACAUGUUCUUUACAAGGUUUACUGGAGUUUCAAAAUGAAACCCAACUUAUAGCAAAGCUUCAACACAAAAAUCUCGUCAAGCUGCUGGGCUGCUGCACUCAAGGAGAUCAAGAAAAAAUUCUUGUAUAUGAAUAUAUGGAAAACAAAAGCCUAGACUACUUCAUCUUUAGUAAUGUAAAGGGAGCACAACUAAACUGGUCUAAACGUCUUCACAUAAUUGAUGGGAUAGGGCAAGGACUUCUUUAUCUUCACAACUUUUCACGGUUAUGUGUUGUUCAUCGGGAUUUGAAAGCCAGUAACAUUCUCUUGGAUAGUACUAUGAAUCCAAAAAUAUCUGAUUUUGGGAUGGCCAGAAUAUUCUAUUCAAAUAUGGCAGAGUCCAAUACCACCAGAAUAGUGGGCACACAUGGCUACAUACCUCCGGAGUAUGCAUUUGAGGGGGUUUGCUCAAUCAAGUCAGAUGUGUUUAGCUUCGGUGUGUUAAUUUUGGAAAUAGUAAGUGGGAAGAGGACAGCCCACUUCUAUCAACACAAUGGAAAGCUAUAUAAUCUCAUUUCAUUUGCUUGGCAACUUUGGAGAGAUGGAAAAUGGGGUGAUCUGAUUUAUUAUCCUCCAGGGAAUAAACAUCAAGAGAUAGAAAGGUGCAUUCAUGUUGCGCUUUUAUGUGUUCAAGAAAGUGCAGAAUUUCGACCGGCUAUGGAGCGGGUUGUCACGAUGCUAAACACCAAGAAUGUGAGCUUACCCAUGCCUAUGCAACCAGCUUACUUCAAUGUAAAUCCUAGCGAGGAAGAAGUUUCAUCAUGCAACAUUACUGUAAGCAUCACAUUAGAAAGGUAGGACCACAUAGCCAACAAUGUUUUUCACUACAAAGUUGUUCUCAAUGCUGUUAAAGAUACAAGUUAUAUUAAAAAAAAUGUUUACAUCUAAUAUAGUGAUUUGAGAUUGCUUACA